AUGCAUAAAUUUACAGGACGUGGAAAAGAGAGUAAGGGGUUAGGUAAAGGGUUAGGUAAAGGUGGAAAGGUAUCUGCUCAGCGGCAUAGGAAACUUUUACGCGAGAAUAUUAAGGGUAUCACAAAGCCGGCUAUCCGCAGACUUGCCCGUCGUGGUGGUGUAAAACGAAUAUCAGCGGGCAUAUAUGAAAAUGUGCGUAGCGCUUUAAAAGAUUUCUUGACAGAUGUUCUUCGGGAUACAGUUUCUUAUGUUGAAUAUGAACGAAAGAAAACUGUUACUGUAAUGGAGAUAUUAUUGGCUCUUAAGCGGCGGGGGAGAACAAUCUAUGGUUUUGAUCACGAAAUCAAGGGUCGAAAACCUCAUCAUUACUCUUAG